AGCUGCGUUUAGUUCAGAAUUGAGCUCGAACCUUUAGCCUAUAUCCUCAUGCGAUAUCUGUUUUACACUUUUUCAGUUACAGAUGCACGCAUGUUGUGAUCUACUGUAGCUGUACUGCAAUGCUUGUCAUAAGUCAGAGCACUUCAGUGUAUUAUAUUGAGCAAUGCUUUUGUCAGCGCUACAAUUUGACAUCGAGAUAUGAGUUAUCUCAGAGUCCCAUUUGAGGCGCUGAGCUUUAUGACACAUGUAAUUUCAGUGUACGACGUCGUAGCAAUGCAGAUGAUUUGGCUUUUACCUUUCACCUACUCUUAUUGUCAAUAGCAUCGUCUGGCCAUCUCUUAAUGGAGCUAAGGUGGUCGAUCACCAUACUGCCCUUGCCUUAUGCAUUAGGUGACUCAGCCCACAUGAUUGUUUUUUGGUGAUAAAUUGUUCUCUCCUCCACAGACUGCAGACCGAAGGCUAUCAUGGUGCUUAAUCCAGUCAUAUCAAAGCUCAGCGGAAAGCUCGUUGUUCUGGCUAGUGCAUCUCCACGACGACUUGAAAUUUUGACUAAUGUGGGUUUACGGUUUGAAGUUGUUCCCUCGUGGUUCAAAGAAACAUUGGACAAAUCCUCAUUUAAAGCUCCCUAUGAGUAUGCCAUAGAGACGGCUAAGCAGAAAGCUCUGGAGGUGGCGCAUCGAAUGCCUUUUAAACACCUGAAAACACCAGACAUUGUCAUCGGAGCAGACACUAUUGUGACAGUGGAUGGCUUAAUUUUGGAGAAACCAGUGGAUAAGCAAGAUGCCUACCAGAUGUUGUCCAGGUUGAGUGGCAAAGAACACAGUGUCUUCACAGGAGUUGCCAUAGUUCUGUGCCAGGACAAGGAAGGUCCAAACACAGAAUAUAAAGUAGUUGAUUUUUAUGAAGAGACUAAAGUGAAGUUUGCUGAUCUGUCUGAAAACAUGCUCUGGGAGUAUAUAAAUAGUGGAGAACCGAUGGACAAGGCAGGUGGCUAUGGGAUCCAGGCUUUAGGGGGUAUGUUGGUAGAAUAUGUCCAUGGAGACUUUCUCAAUGUGGUGGGCUUCCCUCUCAAUCACUUUUGCAAGCAGCUGGACCUGAUUUACAACAGCCCACCUAACAGCCCAGAACCUGACCUCAAACGGAAAGACUCGGAUGCAUCCUGGACCCUGGUCAACAGUCUGUCCAAGUGCUCUGAGAAUGGAGAAACUGAGCCCCAUGAUGUCAAUAACUGUGAGAUCUCAGAUACUGCCAGUAGAACCUCAGUCCAGGAACAGAACGUAAUCGGGCCCGAUUGUGCUAAAUGUAGCAAAGAGAAUUUCCCUCACGGCAUACUGGAUUUACUUGACGGAUUUAAAGCUUCAAAGACUUUAUUUGCUGCAUCCAAGCUGAAAGUGUUUGAUGUACUGAAAAACCCAGAGGGUCUGACUGUGGAGGAGGUGGCGAAGCAAAUCAAGGCCUCUACACUUGGCACUGAGCGCCUCCUGGAGGCCGCUGUCUCUUUAGGGCUCCUGGACUCAGUCAAACAGGGAGACACUGUUGUGUACAAGAACACAGAACAGGCCAGCCAGUUCUUGGUAUCAGACAGUCCCCUCUCUCUACAUGGCUACAUUCUUCACUGCAAUGACUUGGUAUGGCCCCUUUUCACCCAUCUGGAGAGUGCUGUGAGAGAGGGCACCAACCAGUAUGAGAAGGCCUUUGGGAAAAAAUCCGAGAACCUCUGUCAGGAUGCCUAUGCUAACAAAGAGGAGGUACAGCUGAAGUUUAUGAAUGCAAUGCACAACAUUGCCAAGGUGACGGGAAAAGAUGUGGCGACGGCAUUCGACCUUUCUGGCUUUAAAACAGCAUGUGAUGUUGGAGGGUGCACAGGUGCCAUGGCAUCAGAGUUUACCAAAGCCCAUCCUGGGCUGUCUGUAACAGUCUUUGACCUACCUCCAGUCAUUGAGAUGAGGAGCCACUUCCAGCCUAAAGAGCCAGAUGAUCACGUCUCAUAUGUUGCUGGAGAUUUCUUUAAAGAUGACCUCCCCAAGGCAGAUCUGUAUAUACUAGCACGAAUUCUCCAUGACUGGUCUGAUGAGAAAGUACAUAUGCUGUUAAGUAAAAUCUCAAAAGCAUGUACUCCAGGCUGUGGAGUGCUAGUAUCUGAGAUCCUCUUGGACCAGGAGAGGAGAAAACCAAGCAGAGCUCUGCUCCAGGCCCUCUCUAUGACUGAAGGCAGACAGAGGAGUGCUACAGAGUACAGCAACCUGCUGCAGGAGCACGGCUUUAAACCUGUACACAUUAAAUACACAGAUAAUCUCCUGGAUGCCAUGCUGUUUAUGAAAGAGAACCAAAGCAAUGAAGGAUCACCACCUGUAGCUGGUUCAGCCUGAUAACAUGAUACAUGUUGCAGUGUCCAAAACACUACUGUUUUUGUUCUUGUUCUCAGUUAACACUAAUGCAACAUUGCUGAGGUGUUCUGAACAUGUUGUUUCCUGCCCGUUUUUUUUUAACCACAACUGUUGUCUAGAUAUAUGAUUGUAAUGAUUAAUUGUAAUCAAUUUGAAUUAUUGGAUUUUUAAUUUUAUCUUGUAAAGAAAUAAAUAUAGUUUUUAACCAGAAA